AUGAAGUUCACAACGUCUCUCUCCGCCAUCGCGGCCCUGAAGGCCGUCACAGCUUCUCCCAUCGAACCACCCUCCUCUCCUCCGACGUUCCCGCAAGACCCCGACCAGCAGCACAUACAACGGAUACCAACCUCCUACGAGUCCGCCGUGCUAGGCCGACGCAUCCUAGCCCUCAGCCCCCUCGCAACGCUGUCCACCGUCUUCCCCUCCACAUCCUCCUCCACCGGCGCCCACGCCCCAGACCCAAAUGAAGACGCAGACGGCCUCCCGCGCGCCGCCCUCCUCGAGAACCGCCCCCCGAACCUGGGCGGCGUCCCCAUCGGCAUGAUGGACUACAUCGCUGACUGCGGCGCCGAGGAGGAGGGCAACCCGACCAUCCUGGCCAUCAAGAUCGCCACGAGCUUCAAGAACGUCGCCGCGGGGAGCAACAUGUCCAUCGGCAUCAACUGGGUGCCGCCGUACCCGCCCUCGAAGCGCAUCAAGUCGUCAUCCUCCUCAUCGUCGCAAAACCCCCUGUCCAGGCUUGCCAGGUGGUGGCUGCGGUGGUCCGGAGACGAGGACGAGGACGCGGACGCGCUGCUGCCGCCGCACUACGACCCCGUCCCCUACAGCGCCGCGAACCUGCCCCGCUUCAGCCUGCUCGGCCACCUGGAGGACAUCUCGUCGUCCUCGGGCGCCGACGUCGCGGCGCUGCAGGACUGCUUCGUCAAGGCCCACCCGGACGCGAAAUACUGGCUGCCGGGCAACCGGAUUCACGAGUCCGGGUGGGUGCGCCUCGUCGUCGACCAGGUGUACUGGGUCGGCGGGUUUGGUGACCGGGCGUAUAUCGGCUGGAUCCCAGUUGAGCAGUGGAGGAAUGUCACGCGUGAGGAGUGGGAGGGCGUCAGGCUGCCUGGGGAGGAGAAGCACUGGAAGGAGUGGGGUGUUGAUGAGCUGUGA